UUUUUUUUUGUCAACAAAAACGCAUCAAAAUAAUGUCGUCCUGGUUGGUCCCGUUGGUCCUGGCAUAUUCAGAUUACUGAGUUAAAAGUAAUUGAAGUAAGCUGGUGAAUUGCUAUUAGCAUUCAAAUUGAUUCAAAUAAGCGAAGCGUUUUCAACAAACACAACACAAUGGCUGAUGUCAGGGAUAUUAUGGAAUUGGACCAACCGGUUACGCCUGAGUUAACUAAAGAGGCUAUUCUGGGAGCAGACAAGAACAAGAAACGUUUAUUCAAUGCUGGACAAAAAGUGUCCAAGAGGCCGGAGGGCAUGCACAGGGAGGUCUUUGCCCUGCUCUACAAUGACAACAAAGAUGCUCCUCCACUGUUUCCAUCAGAUACUAGUAAUGGGUAUAAACAGACUAAAAUUAAAUUGGGAAUGAGGAAGCCAAGGAAAUGGGAGUGGAUGUCAUUUACAAAUCCAGCCAGGAGUGAUAAUACACUGUUUUACCAUUGGCGUCGUCCAUCAGAUGAAACCAAGGAAUAUCCAUUUGCUAAAUUCAAUAAGAAAAUCGAUAUUCCCAUUUAUACUGAUGCUGAGUACAAUCAGCAUUUAACAACUGAGGGAUGGAGCAGACAGGAAACAGAUCACAUGAUGGAUUUAGCUAGAAGGUUUGAUAUGAGGUUUAUCAUAAUUGCAGAUAGGUAUGAUACAGAAAAAUUCCCUAAGCGUACUGUGGAGGAGAUCAAAGACAGAUACUAUAAAGUGUGUGGAAUACUGGCUAAGCUGACGAAUAAAAAGAUGUACACGUACGAUGCGGAUCACGAGAAGAGACGCAAGGAGCAGCUGAAGAGGUUAUACGAGAGAACCCCGGAGCAGAUUGAAGAGGAGCAGUUCUUAAUAGGCGAGCUGAAGAAGAUUGAAGCGAGGAAGAAGGAGCGCGAACGCAAAACGCAGGAUCUGCAAAAGUUGAUCAGUCAGGCAGAUAACCAGGGGGAGACACCGAGGAAAGCUGACAAGAAGUUACCUAAGAAAAAAAUCACCAAUCCUUCGAGGCCUUCUCGUGUCGACACCUCGCAUAUUUUGCAGGCCGUCGAGACUGCGGGUAUAAAGUUUCCAGACUAUAAAAAUAGCGGGGUUUCGUUGAGGUCACAGCGUAUGAAGCUACCAGCCAGCGUCGGCCAGAAGAAAACUAAAGGAAUCGAGCAAAUGCUUCAAGAUAUGGGCAUGGAAUUAAAUCCAACGCCGUCUGAAGAGAUUUGCCAAAGUUUCAAUGAACUUAGAAGCGAUAUGGUCCUACUCAUGGAGCUGAAGUCGGCGCUCGGAACGUGCGAAUUCGAAUUACAAUCAUUGAGGCAUCAAUACGAAGCACUGAAUCCAGGAAAGACGUUGACAAUUCCUGCGCAAUUGUUGACCGCCGGCAAUGAGCAGGAGGCAGUAAAGAUUGGAGAAAUCAUAGACGUAGUGGGGUCACCUGGUACUCCAUCAGGUAUAUAAUAAGUAUUUAAUGCAUUAACGUACAGUUAAUAUAAUAUAUA